AGGACAGAAGAGCAGCCUGAUACGUGUGUAUAUGAGUGAAAUGAUUAUGGCUGAAGUGACUGGAGCUCAGCUGAUCGCUGAGGCGUUCAAAUCUCAGAAUGUGGAGUACAUGUUUGGCAUUGUUGGCGUGCCUAUCAUCGAGGUGGCCAUGGCCGCCCAAGCAGCUGGCAUCAAGUAUGUUGGCAUGGGCAAUGAACAAGCAGCCUGCUAUGCUGCAUCUGCUAUUGGGUAUUUGACAGGAUGGCCAGCUGUGUGCCUGGUUGUGUCUGGACCUGGGCUGAUUCAUGCGCUUGGAGGAAUAGCCAAUGCUAACAUGAACUGCUGGCCUGUCAUUGUCAUUGGUGGCUCAUCUGAUAGGAACCAAGAAACCACAGGAGCAUUUCAGGAGUUCCCUCAGGUUGAAGCUUGUCGUCUGUAUAGCAAGUUUUCUGCUCGACCAAUCAGCCUUGAGAUGAUACCAGCCGUAGUUGAAAAAGCCAUGUAUGUCAGCUUUGAGGCCAUGUGUAAGGUGGAUCUGUGUGCUGAAGAGUUGAGUAAUAAUGUGAGAGCCGCAUCUGCUCUUCUCGGAGACAUACGAGCUGUGGUCAGACAGCUGUUGGAAACUGUAAGAUCAGAGUCCUGGAGAUUUCCUUCUGAUUCAGAAUGGUGGUCGACACUGAAGGAGAAAAUGACUGCCAAUGCUCAGAUAUCAAAGAGUCUUGCUCUCCAGUCCACUCUGCCCAUGAACUACUACACAGCGUUCCACCACAUUUCUGAGCUCCUGCCCAAAGACUGCACCAUAGUGAGUGAGAGAGCGAAUACUAUGGACAUUGGCCGCACCAUGCUGCUCAAUUACCUCCCACGACACAGAUUAGAUGCUGGUACUUUUGGCACUAUGGGGGUGGGUCCAGGAUUUGCCAUUGCAGCAGCAGUUUUAGAGCAGACGCAGAAGAGUGCUCAGAGAGUGGUGUGUAUAGAGGGAGACAGCGCCUUCGGUUUCUCUGGCAUGGAGGUGGAGACCAUAUGCAGGUAUAAACUGCCAAUCAUCAUCAUAGUAAUCAACAACAAUGCCAUCUACAGUGGAGUGGAUCCAGAGACAUGGAAAGAAAUGGAAAAGAUGGGAGACAUGACCACCAUUGCUCCUCCGGUGACGCUGCUACCAGAGGCACGGUACGAGCAGGUGAUGAGUGCGUUCGGGGGUCAUGGGUAUCUGGUCCGAACGGUAGAGGAACUCUGCAGUGCACUACAGGAGAGUCUGAAAAACACACAGACACCCAGCCUCCUCAACGUACUUAUAGACCCAGCCUCAGACCGCAAACAACAGGAGUUUCCCUGGCUGACACGUUCAAAUCUUUAGAGCUGAGAGAGAUAUCGGAUGAGAUCGGAUCAUGUCUUGAUGACCUAACGCUGUUUCUUAUACUACAUUUGGUCAAUUUACUGUAGGUGGCACCAUUUCCUGUUAAAAGGAAAACUGUAUAAUUUAACAUGAUCUCAGUCUCUGCUGACUGAAAUUAAUUUUCAUAGAUUCCUGUUCUUUCUAUAAAUACUUAAAUGCAUAGUUCAUCCCAAAAUAAAAAUUCUGCCAUCAUUUACCUCGUCGUUCUAAACCUUUAUGACUUCACAUAUCCUGUGGAACACUAAAGUAGAAUUUUUCUGAAGAAUUUUCAUGCGCCUCUUUCCAUACAACAACAGCUCUUAGGGUGCUGCAGGAAUGAGUCCUAAAACCUGGAAACAACUUUUACGUUUACACUUCCAGUUCCAUCGUCCUGAAGUCAGUAGGUUAUUGGUUAAAUGCCUGAAAUUAGGUCUGUACUCGAGAUACAGUAUUGUCCCAUUUCAUAUUUUCUGCAAUAAUCCAAAAGCCAGUGGAAAGAUCUUACUGACUUUUUGUCGAGGUAACCACAGUGAUGCUAACUUUCAGGUUGGCUUACAAAAAAUCUUCCCUGCAGCACUUUGUAGUGACCAUGUCUGUUAAACUCCAAAAAAGCAUUAAAAAGCACCAUAGAAUUAAUGAAUGUGAUUUGUGCACUAUAUUUGUACUAUGAGCUUCUAAAGUUAUUGUUCACUGUUAAUAUUCACAUCUACCAUGCAUUAUUUUGUUAAUCGUCGUAGCUUCAUAGCUGUAGUCACUAUGAACUGUCAUUCUGUGGAUUAGAGCAGCGUGAAGUUUCUUCAAAAUAUGCAUUUAUUUUGGUUGUUUGUUCUUUUUUCUUGUAUUUUCC